AUGGUGGAGAAUCUGGAUGCUAGCUUUACACAAGAGGAAGUGAAAAGAGCCCUUGAUGAGAUGCACCCUACAAAGGCACCUGGCCCAGAUGGUAUGGCUCCAUUAUUCUAUAAGAAUUUCUGGUCAGUAGUUGGUCAAGAUGUUACAGAUGCUGUUCUUUCUUUUGUUCCUGGUAGAUUAAUCACUGAUAAUGUGUUAGUGGCUUAUGAGGUGAUACAUUUUCUGAGAAUGAAGAGAAGUGGAAGAGAUGGGUUUAUGUCUUUGAAGUUGGACAUGAAUAAAGCUUAUGACAGAAUUGAAUGGCCUUUUCUUGAAGAAGUGAUGAAGAAGAUGGGUUUUAGUAAAAAAUGGCUGAAUCUGAUCAUGCUUUGUGUAAGGUCAGUAUCAUUUUCUAUUUUAGUGAAUGGAAAGCCAACAGGUCAUAUUUUUCCUUCUCGUGGGUUGAGCCAAGGGGAUCCUAUUUCACCCUAUCUUUUCUUGCUUUGCACAGAAGGUCUUAUUUCUUUAUUGGAUCAGGCAAACACUUAUCAACAAAUUGAAGGUAUCCGAGUAUGCAGGGAAGCCCCUAAGUUAAAUCAUCUGUUGUUUGCAGAUGAUAGUGUCAUUUUCUGUAAAGAAAACUUGGAAAUCUGUUUAAAUCUUCAGCAUAGGCUGGGUAUAUAUGAGCAAGCUUCAGGUCAGAAGAUCAACCGUGGGAAAACUUCUACGGUAUUCAGUCAUAAUGUACCAUUUUCUCAAAGGGAGGCAAUUAUGCAGUUUUGGGGUGUUCAACAUUACCAUCAAUAUGAAAAGUACCUAGGCCUUCCUCCUAUGGUUGGAAGAGGGAAAUAUAGAGCUUUCUCAGCUUUGAAGCACAGAGUUUGGUCUAAGUUGCAAGGGUGGAAAGAAAAACUACUGUCUCAAGGAGGGAAAGAAGUUCUGUUGAAGGCAGUGGCCCUUUCAAUUCCCACCUACACUAUGAGCUGUUUUAAACUACCUAAGUCCCUAUGUUCUGAGCUAGAGGGCAUGAUGGCAAAUUUUUGGUGGGGUCAAAGGAAAGAAGAAAGGAAGCUGUGUUGGGUGAGUUGGCAUAAAAUGUAUAGUCCUAAAACUGAAGGUGGUAUGGGAUUUCGAGAUUUACAGAUUUUUAACAAAGCUCUCCUUGCAAAACAGGGUUGGAGAAUUUUGUCAAAUGAAGAUUCUCUUCUCCAUAAGGUGGCUUUGGGAAAUGGCUUAUCUAUAAAACUAUGGUCUGAUUACUGGCUGCCAAAUCACAAGCUCAUAUCUCAUCAACCUGGUUUUGAACACCUAAGGGAUUAUACAGUGGCUUACCUGAUGCAUGAUGAUCAAAGAAGCUGGGACAUUGACAAGGUCAGAAGUCUACUACCAGUUCAUAUGGCCACUGAGGUUCUUAGCAUCAGAAUUCCUUCAGAAAAUGUGGCAGAUAAACUUGUGUGGGAACAUGAGAGUAGUGGUAUCUAUAGUGUCAAGAGUGCAUACUCUUUUUUCACUAAGGUGGAGCAAAAUAGACAGGAAGCUGAGAGCUCAACAGCUGCAGAUCAGAAGCUGAUAUGGAAGAAUAUUUGGAAGCUUCAUGUUCCUCACAGAAUUAAAGUUUUUGCAUGGAGGGUGUGCAAGAAUAUACUCCCUACUCUCAGCAAUUUGAAAAGUCGAAAAUUACUUGUGGAUGACAGUUGCAUUUGGUGCCAAGAAGAAAUGGAAGAUGUUAACCAUGCUUUGGUUUACUGUCCCUUAAUUAUAGAUUGUUGGAUGCAUCUCUUUCCAUCCCUCAAAACAUCUAUUCAGAGACAGGAUUUUUUACAACUUGUUCUGUCUGUUAUCAGAGGAAAAUCUGAGGGUGAGUUGGAAAAGCUCUUUCUAAUGGCAUGGGGUUUCUGGUAUAGUCGAAAUCAGUGGAUAUGGAAACCACCUCCUUCGGGCAUGCUAAAGCUUAAUGUAGAUGGGGCACUCUUUAGUGAUCAAUUUAGGUCAGGUAUUGGAGUGGUUUUAAGAGAUGACAGAGGACAGGUCUUGUUUGCAGCUAGUAAACCAGAAGAAGCUCUUGCUGAUCCUAUGGAAAUUGAAUUAAUUGCUAUGUUAAGGGGCCUGCAAUAG